GUUUUCCUCCACUUACAUUGGGUAGUCUUGGAUUGGUACAAUCAAAUCGAAGAAUGGCUGAUACGGGCCCAGAGUGGCGCCCCCGGUCACAGGGUCAAAUCGCUGACCGGGGAAGCAAGAGAUGAACAGGGAAUUAGUAGCAACCCGGGAAAGGAAGGCAUGCCAAUUCUCCGACCGAGGAAUGGAAAGGAAGACCGGGGAUUGGGAUCAAAGAGACCCAUGUUCAAGCGAACAAGAACCUCCGACCAGGGACUUGGAGGGGCCGACCAGGGAUCGGGCAUGCCAAUUUUCCGUGUUAUGUUUAAUUUGUUUUGCUCUGGCCUAUAUAAAGGGCUUAAAACCGAGUUUUGUAGUUAGUUUUUGAAGAAUAUUGAUUUUUAUCUUAGUUCAUUAAGCUUUAAACUUAUGAAUUUUUUUUCUGUAUCAAUCAAGUUUCCUCCUUGAUCGUGGUCGAGAUUCUAUCCUCUAUAUUGUUAGAGUCAUCUGCCAUCUUUGUGUUGGGAUUGCACUUUCAAUUCCAUCAUAUGCCAAACAAAAACCUAAAAAAAUCCCUUUUCUUAUUCGUUCUUGAAGUUGCGUGACUUUGAUAAAUACAGGUACCGGUUCCGUGCUAGUAUCAGAACGGAUAGACUAUUGGAGAAAUUUGCGGCCAUGUUUUUGUCUAGUGGGAUUUUUAUGAGCAAUGGAUCUUAGUGGCCAUGGCGGUGAAAGACGUGAUGUCAUCGUUAUUAGAAUGUUGUUUAGAGGAAUGCAUGAAAAGUGAGGGGUUGUGUUGGGCUUUAUAGAAAAUAGAUGCUACCACCAUCGAGGAUUUGGAUCGGAGUAUUUAGAAGAUAAUCAUGUUAGAAGAGAACCUAGUAGCAUAUCGCAAAAACAAGCGGAAGAAUAUGAUGGAAGAGGUGAAAGGUGGUAUAUCAGUGUGCCCUACUAUGACUAAUUUUCCAAUACAAAGACAACACAUGCAAGCCCAGUGCAGCAGUCCAAGGGACGUCAGGGUUCACCGAGCUAAUUGAUUCCCUGAGAAUGUGUUGCAGUUCAUAAAGGACGAGUAUCACAUUCGAUGGCCGUGCUCGAUUAGGGGGCAACUAAAUGAACGUAACUUGGAAAGAUAUUGUGAUUUUCGUCAGGAAAAGGGGCACCACACAAUAGACUCCUAACAGUUGAAGACAGAGAUACAAGGCUUGGUGGAGUGGAGAAUGUUGAAUGAGUUUGCCAGGAGAAAUGAUGACAAGGACAUGAGUCGAAUGCUGACCUACCCCCAACGCCAUUUGAAGUGGACCCUGAAGAAGAUUGGGGAUGUGUGAGCUUGACCAUUGAAGCCAUAACUAUGGUUGUUGACCUUAAACAAAAGUUGGAAGAGGAGCAUAUACUAAGAUCCACCGUGGUCAACACUCAGGUUUCGGCGCAAGUCGAUUUCAAUUAUGUUCCGAAAGAAGCAUGUCGGGUGCCUUCAAUGGAGGCUAUGGAGAUAAUAUUGGACAGAGAGGGAGUGAAAUUUGGAUGAAUCUCCUUCAACUGGAAACGUACAAAAAAUGGACUAGAAACACAUUUUGACCGUUUUUAGGAUUUCUGACCGUUUUGUUAAUUUUUUUUUUGCACACAAUACAUUUUUAGAAACUGAAGCGUUUUAAGACGCGUUUUUUACUACAUUGCCUGAUGCUGACAUUUGACUCGUGCUGAAUUCCCAUAACUCCCCUCAUCCUGAAGCUGAGGCGGUCAGGAAAAGGAGCAUGUCACCCAACCCUCCCUCGAAGACUUGCAACCCCAGAUUGAGCUACUUAAAAGCUCAGAUUCAUACAUUGACAUCGGCUCCUCCUCCACCAACCGGGCAUCACGCUAGCUCUAGUCACCCCCAGACCUCUGGAGCGUCGGCCAACUCCAAAGGUAUGUCAGCGGCACAACAUCCUCCGCGACCAGAGGAUCUCCCUUACCCCGAGGUGCACCUCACACUGGGGUACCUCGGAGAUCCUGGGUACGGGAAGUCACUCGCUCAUUUUAAAACAACCUAAUACUCUUAAUUUCCAACUGCCUCAUCAUCUCCCAGAGUACUACGGGACCUCAGCUCCGGAGGAUCACCUUAGCGCUUUCCAGAUCCUAAUGCCAUUCGUAAGAGCAUUAUAUGCUACCAUGUGUAACAGGGGUAGCAUUUCAGUGGUAUACCCAUUUGCGUAAUGGCUUGAUCACCAAUUUUGAGGAGCUCGCCACUCUCUUUAGGGCUAAGUUCUUCGCCCAAAAGAGACAAAAUGUAGACAUCUCUCAUCUUAUGAGUACAAAGCAGGGGGAGCACGAGACCCAUAAGGAAAAUUAUGCCAGAUUUAACAAAUUUUUCCAGGGUUACCAACCUCACCACGAAAAAUGUGACCCAUGCCCUUACCUUUGGAAAAAGCAAUGCCCUCCUCAAGGCAUUACUCAUAAAACGACACCCUCGAAAUAUGAUGGAACUUCAGGAACGGGUCUCCAAAUACAAUGCCUUAGACGAGACACUAUAGGAGGCAUCCCCUCAAGGCGGAACCGUUCACCUUCACCUACCAAAAUAAAGCGCGAUUCACCACUCUCGCAACCGAGGAUUCACCCUGGGAUCGAGACCGUCCACGCGCUCACUCUCACGCCCAAACCUUACGCUCUCCCGAAUCAGCUCCCCCAGAGUGUGACCUUCGCCGGUACGCACGCUCACUGACGACGACCCUCACUGGCUCUCAUGGCGCUCACCUAUUGUAUUUGCUCCAACCUCCUCCCUUACGCGGUAACCUUGUUGGGCAUUGUCUUGCCAUAUGGCGUGAGCGCCAAGACCUUGCACGGAGGCAUAAGACUCGAGGCGAGCAUAAUCUUGAGGCGAUGACAUCUCCAUGGUGAUUCGUCAGGCCUUCACCCAAGCACUGUCGUGUGUCCUCUACUGUCCCCCGAACGGCCAUUAUAAAAAGUACCUUUCACCUUCCAAAAAAUGUAAGCAAAAAGGGUCUUAGCGAGCCCCCUUUGAGAGUCUGCUACUAUUAGCAACCGAUACUACCGCUCGUCCAAACCCUCCUCUCCUACACUAAGUCCUUAGCUUCAUUCUUUCCGUCAAGUUACCACUCAAUACUGACUUGAGUGUCGGAGGGUGUCCUCGCCAAGACCGACCGGUUGACCUUUUACAGGAGGUGGUGAGAGUCGGCGUCACGAGCAAAGAUCACGAUGUAAGGUGACUUGAAACCUCUCUCGAUGCCUGUAGCAAGGAAUCUGACGUCGGCAAAAACCACGACAUCAACAACUCACGAUAUUUUUGAAUAGUUAAGGUGAUAUUAGCCCAAAUAAAAUAUAUUAAUUUAUCUUUAUGUUUUUAAUAAAGUCAUAGUUCAUGUCAGCCUUCGGUCCUCAAAUCUCAUCUUUACCCCUGGUUGCAAGAGAUUAAUAUUUGUUUGUAUGAGUUCAAUUGUUAGUUGUUAUUACGUUGGAUCCACAUAAUUCAUUGGUCACUUUUGACAGGAGAAACUAAUGCAACCUAUAUGAAUGCACAGAUGCUUAGAAUGGGUUCAUGAGUUAGAAAUAAGUAGUGGAAUCAAAUAAGCAUAAAUUGUAUCCAUAUCUUUAUUUGCUUUUCAAGUUGACACUUAUUCUUUGUAUACGUGCCUAGGGUCUAGGCAGACAAUUAGGCGUUCAAAUGUCUAGGCGCCGCCUAGGUCUAGCUUAGGCAAAGUUAGACGCGUUAUCAGCUAUGCGAUCUGGCGACAAAAGAUAAAAAAUGUAUUAAAAU